CGAGCGCGAGCGACAUUGCCUUGAUAACAAACAACAGCUAGACAAGCCAAACGUGCAUUAUAAGUUGUGUGCUUUUAAAUGGAGAGUGUGGAGUAUCGUUCCCCGGAGAAGAGAAGCAGGAGACGCUGUUGUAUUCUAAGUGUCGUCGCUCUCCUGCUUUUCGUUAUUAUUGUCGCGGUUGUGUUGGGACUGACACUGCGGCAGAAUACAGACACACUUCAGCAAACAUUCAUUGCAAGGUGUAAGGAGUUUGAAGGAUACGACUGUGAAAAGAUUUGGGGUGCAUUUGAACAAGCCUAUGUAGGCCGGGACCCUUGUAAUGUUUCCGUGGAAGCUUAUGACCCUUUCAUUGCUGUGGCCCACUUCAAACCUGCAUGCAACAGAAUGAUGUUCUGGAGUAAAGCGAAGGAUGUGGUCCAUGACUUCACUGAGAAGAGAGAUUGUUUUGUCACCCUGGAGGACACCCUGCUGGGAUACUUGCUGGAUGGUCUGACCUGGUGUGGAAAGGAGGGCAGCAGUGAAACAUUCACUACCGACUGCCCGGGGUGGACCGACUGUCAGAACAACACUGUUCGCUCAUUUUGGACCAGAGUCUCAGCUGCUUUUGCAGAUGCCGCCUGUGGUAACGUCACAGCAAUGCUGAACGGAACCAUCGCAAUACCAUUCCAUCCUGCGAGUAUUUUUGCGAGCAUCGAGGUGAAGAGGUUCGACUACCCCAGGGUGAGAAGCCUGGAUGUUAUUCUGGUCACACAGGAGAACCCUGUGUCUAACUGCACACAUGCAUCUUUAAAGGAUUUACAGAGAGAGCUGGAUAAAGGAAUUACAUAUAGCUGCAAGGAAGUGACUGAAGCUCAUAUCCACGAGUGCUCCAGUCCAGAGAAACCCUGCGGAGGCUGUUGGUGAACAUGUGGAGAACUAAAUAUCCGAUUCUACUGUCUGACAAGAUGAGACGCAACAAUAACCAGCUGUAGGAAAAAUAAUUCUGUAAAGUCUUUGUAAAUGAAAUAAUAUGCUAUUAUACAAUAUUUUGGAAUUGUAAAUCCUUUUGUACCUGUGGGCCAGUUGGACUUAAUGUGAAAUGUGUCUUUUUAAAUAAAUGUCACUGACAAAUGUUUACAAAACCUUU